GUUUUAAAAAGACUUGACUUUACUACUCUUCUGAAACGAUAAUUUCAUACUGAUCAUCCCCCAUAAUGGAGUGCAUGAGGAACAUCCGCCUUAUUUUGUUCCUUAUUUUUCUUGGUACUGGACUGAGCAUCUACUUUAUACAAAGUGGCGUGUUGAACGUCAUGAAAAGCAUAGCACCCAGCCCUGAACAAGAUAAAAUCUCAAGUUUGACGGAACUCCUCCAGCCAAAUGUCUCUUGCCAUGGAGAUGAACUCACCAGACAAUUAGUGCCAGAUCAACUGGAUAACAUUCUGGAACACAGAGCGAAUGAGUACAAGCAACACCAACUCAGGAGAAAGACAAAUGCAGAUAUUAUUAUCGCCCCGGCCAACUCUCCUCUCCAAUAUCCAAUUACAGGUUUCAAGGUAGCUCCUCUGAAGAAAAGUAUGAUACCAGGUCUUGCUCUUCAAACACAAGGGAGAGGCAAGAGUGAGGUGUACAAGGUGUCUUUGAGUGUGAAGAGUGGAGUGCUCUCAGUGGAGGAUGUUCUGGAUGGAGAUCAGGUGGAAGGACAGGGUCAAAGUAAUCUGACCAUCUCAUCCAACAACCUCACACAACUCAAUGAUCUGCUGUCCAGAGUGACCUACACCAGCACCAUCUACCACAUCAGGACAUCAGACUUGGUUCAUUUCUCUUUUGAGGACCAUAAGGCCAUGUUUCCAAUCAUGAUUAGGAGACCAUCAGUACCUGUUCUGUAUGACCCAGGAAAUGAUGUCAACUCACAGGUGACCAUAAUAACCAAGACCUUUCUGAGGUAUAAGGAGCUGAACAUCCUCAUCAAGAGUAUCAGGAAAUUUUACCCAAAGAUCAAGAUCAUUGUUGCGGAUGACAGCCUGAAGCCUGAGCAUGUGAUUGGAAACAACAUUGAGCACUACAUCAUGCCUCCUGCACAGGGCUGGUUUGCAGGCAGAAAUCUGGCUGUAUCUCAGCUCACAACCAAAUACUUCUUGUGGGUUGAUGACGACUUUGUGUUCUUGAAUGGCACACGGAUCGAGAGUUUUGUGGAGAUAAUGGAAGCGGUUCCAGAACUAGAUAUUCUUGGUGGUGAGGUGUCAGGUGAUCAGUUCUACUUCGUUCUGGAGUUUGAUGAGGGAGAUGAGACUGACGGCGGCUGCCUAAGGCGUAUUAGAGGGUUUCAUCAGCCACUUCCAGGCUAUGAUGGCUGCUUUCUAGUGGAUGGUGUCAUUAAUUAUUUCUUGGCCAGGACUGAUGCGGUGCGAAGUGUUGGCUUUGACCCGUUUCUGAAAAGAGUUGGUCACACCGAGUUCUUCAUUGACGGACUUGGAAAGCUGUUGGUUGCCUCCUGUAAAGGCCUUUCUGUUGGUCACCAGACACAUCGGGCACAGGACAAAUAUGACUCUUAUAGGAAUCAAGGGAAACCUGAAGAAGUGAGAAAACUGGUUCACCAUUUCUUUAAGAACUAUCUUAACUACAUCAAGUACUGA